AUGUCUGAGAAGCUCAGCAACGAAUUUCGCGCCGCUCCUCGAAACGCAUCGACUCAGCUUCAGGCGGAGCGCGCCAGAAUUGCUAAGUCAGUGCAAGAACUCCUGGACCUCCUCGAGGCGCAAGGCUUUAUCGACAAGCAAUCGUACGCCGAUAAAGGAUUUGAUCUCGCCACUCACAGCCACGAAGUCUUCUUGCGGAGUACCCGACAAAUGAACACAGCAGGCACGAUUGCGUUAAACAACUUCCUCAAUGUCGAGACAAGAGCGAUGGAAAAGGCACAGACUUCCGCGCUCACAGCUCAAUCCGAGCUGGACGAGGCGUCUCUAGACGACGAGAGCGUUGCGCAAAGUCCUAACAACGAUCAGCGAGAUAUCGAGGAUGAAGAUGACAUGGUCAUGCUACAGGGAGUGAAAGCAGCAUUGCACGAUCGGACGGCAAGCUUGGCUUAUGCCGUGGGCGGCACUGAGGCAUAUAUUGCGCUGGACGGAAUAUGGGACUACGUUCCCCGUUACGUCGAGACGCUCUUAUUGGAGUUCUUUUCGGUGUGCCGUGAUCCAAACGAUGCAGAGAUUCGAAUGCUAGAACAGGCUUGUGGACUUGUAGGUUUCGCUUUUGUGAGAGAUUGGUGUAAGUCGAUAAUAAUUUAG